GGUCGUAUUUUAGAUGUUUUGUAGGGUAAAAAGAUUCAUGUUUAUGGAUUAAAACUUGGGUUUGAAUCACAUUUGUUUGUGUUAAAUGCUUUGAUACAUAUGUAUGGAUAAUGUGGGGAAAUGGGUUUUGCACAGAAGGUGUUUGAUGAAAUGACGGAGAGAGAUUUGUUUUUUAUUUUUUAUUUUUUAUUUUAUUUUUUUUUGAGGGAAGAGAUUUGGUUACUUUGAACUCUUUGAUUUGUGGGUAUAGUUAUUGCAAUAACUAUACAGAAGUUCUGGGUGUUUCCGAUUCAAUGCAGGUGGCGAGUGUGAGGGCGGAUGCUGUGACAGUGGUGAAAGUUAUCAUUUUUUUUUUUUUUUUUUUUGAAUUCAGUUUAAUUGUUAUUUUUGAUAAUGUAGUGGAAAAAAAAAAUACCAUUCUUUAGGUUGUAGGUCACUUAGAAUUUUUUUGAAAAAUAACUAUUUUAAGAAGACUUGCAAAAGGUGAGAUUAUUCUCGUUAAUCUUAUCCCUAAAUUCUCUUAAAUUGGCAGGGAAGCAACUUGUAUUUUUUCAAUAGGAAGUAGAGUGAAGCAAACAAUCUUUCACCCAAAAAAAGCAAGAAUGGCAACGACUCUUGCUAAACUCAGAGCCGGCGUUCAGUCCGCCAUCCGUGGCGCCCGUUCCUCCAAUCUCGUCAAACGCUCCUUAUCUUUUUCCGCCCACAACGACGUUGCGCGUUCAUCUAUGGAUACCAAUUCGGAUGUUGGUUUCAUUGGAAUGGGAAAUAUGGGAUCGCACAUGGCUAUGAACCUUUUCACAUCAGGAUUCAGGGUUUCUGUCCAUGACAUCAAUCGAGCUGCAGUUCAGCCAUUCUUGGAUAGGGGAGUUCCUGUGAAGGAAACACCUAUGGAAAUUGCAGAAGCAAGUGAUGUUGUAAUUACGAUGCUUCCUUCAUCCGCUCAUGUUAUGGAUGUUUAUACGGGGCCAAAUGGCUUGCUUCACAGUAGCAGUUCCCUACGACCUUGGUUAUUUAUUGAUACCUCUACAAUUGAUCCGUUGACGUCAAGAAAACUCUCCCUGUCUGUUUCUGGCUGUGCCUUGAAAAAAAAGCUAGGUUGCCAGGAGAAGCCAUAUAUGUUAGAUGCUCCUGUUUCUGGUGGUAUACUUGCUGCAGAAGCUGGAUCAUUGACCUUCAUGGUAGGAGGCACUCAGGAAGCCUACCUGGCAGCAGAACCAUUGUUUCAUUCCAUGGGCAGAGCCUCAAUCUAUUGUGGUGGAGCAGGAAAUGGUUCGGUUGCAAAGAUAUGCAAUAACCUCGCAAUGGCUAUUAGCAUGAUUGGAGUUUCAGAAGCCCUUGCCAUUGGUCAGUCUCAGGGAAUUGCUGCAAGUACUCUGUCGAGUAUAUUCAACUGUUCAAGUGCUCGUUGCUGGAGCAGUGAUACUUACAACCCAGUGCCCGGGGUGAUGGAUGGGGUACCUUCAUCGAGAAAUUAUCAAGGGGGAUUUGCAUCUAAGCUCAUGGCAAAGGACUUGGAUCUUGCCGCUGUUUCAGCAAAAGAGGCAGGUGUCAAACAUCCAUUGACUAUCCAAGCACAAGAAAUCUACCAUGAACUGUGCAAUGAGAGCAAUUCUGCUAAUGAUUUCUCCUGCAUCUUCCGCCAUUAUUAUGGUGGAAAGGAUGAACCCCUUAAGGAUUAAUCUUAAGUUUGAAUGUAUUGUUGAUUAUUUGUAUCGCAUAAGUAAAUUUGUUCAGAAUUUAAUGUACAGUACUUCUAUCACCUAUGGUAAUGUGUAUAUGUUAGAGCAGAUUAAAAAACUUUCCAACGAUAUAUUAUUACUCUAGAAUUAAUGUAUAGCCUAAAUCUUGCUUUGUAACUUUUGAUCCUGAACUCAUAUUAGGGUGGGGCAUAUAAUUUAUUGAUGGAAAGCCCUAAAAGUCUGCGUCUUAACACAAUUAGAAUCGAAUCAUUGUCGUUUGUAAAUAUUAAGUUAUGUUCAAAAUAGGUUCUCCAUUUUUGGGUU